AUGAAAAAUUGUAUUAGUAGCUCCAUAAAUAAAAAAACUGAGAGCUUGGAUGGUUUCAGAAUUGGCGUUACGCCACAUGUUGAAGACGCCAUGAUCGUCACACUCGAACAACCAUUACGGGAAAGCCGUCACGACCUGGUUGUAUGCAUGGCACCAAUGUAUAUCUAUACUGAUUGGGAGACACUUCUUGUUGGAAUCGAGACGUGGCUCGCACUGGGAGCCACCAAAAUUAUCGUUCCUGUACAGUCUGCUUCGACAUCCAGCUACAGAAUUCUCCAGGAGUACGAAAGGAGAGGUCUCGUCAUCAUCCGAACAUGGCCUAAGUGGCCCGUCCUCUCUGAUUCGAACCCAAAUGGACUGGUAUUGAGUCGAGGCAUCGAGGAAUCGCACGUAAAUUGCUUGUUUUUCGCCAAGCCAUGGGCAAAUAUGAUAGUCUUUUCUGACAUUGACGAUCUACUACUCCCAGUUGAUCCACUGCAAAUUAAGCCUGGUGUUAAUGUGGAGAUACUGAAGAAUCUGUUCGCUGAGCAUCCACAGGCUGGAUCUUUGCUAUUUGAGCACCGCGAUGUACAAUUCCAGCUACCUGUAGUACAGGACUCUCCAACGACUCUUGCCAGUUUCAACUUCAAUUUCCUCACCGAAUCAAAGCACAAAAUGAACUGCAAUGUAUGGCGAAUGAAAACACGCGUAGUCGUCAAUGCCAGUCGUGUCGACUCUGUAAACAUGCACGAAACCGGUAUUCAUCGCUUUGGCUACGUUCAAACAAGGAUCCCAUGCAGGCAGGCACACUUCUACCAUCUACGGCAUUCCCAUCAUUCCGUCCCAAACCCAGUCCCUAUCGAUAUGUCAGAGCUAGCAUCAACUUUGAACAGGCAGUGGUAUUCACGGCUAGAGUCGUUCAAGAAUUUCAAAGACGUACCUUUGAAUAAGUCGAGUACCGAGUCAUUCGAGGACUUCGAUCGUUGUAUGGGUGCAAUAAAUGAUGAACACUGGACACUACAUGUGAGCCGAUGUUUGACACCGCACGUAUGUUUCAGUCGGUUGAAGAGGUAA